AUAAUUAUUGAACGAAGGGAAGUGUUUAGGUUUUUAUUUGUUUUGACUGUGAUUUUGAGGAAUAAAAAAAGUUACAUUUAAUGAAGAUACAAUGGAAAUCUGACAUUUGAGAAGGAGUGGCUACUUAAAGGAAGCGAGAGUGCAGUGGGGGGGACUCAGGAAUAUGGUGAUACAGUUGAACAGUUACAGUAAGUCAAAAACAAUUUCUUUAUGAUAAGGUUCAAAUGCAAAGAUAUAUAGUAUCAGUUAUGUAUAGGGAUUGGCUGAAGUUAUAACAAAGUGUCCCUGUCCUCUUAAUAAGUUAGAUCAUUUUCAAACGGAACAGAUAGCGAUUUAUGUAAUGGGCAGUGGAUGCUGAUUUUAAAAUUCCUAUUCGGAUAGUCUCAAAGCUUCUUGAAUUAUCAGUGUGAAACCAAAAUGAGAUGGAUAUUUUUUAUAGCCAGUCUACUGCAAUACACUCCAGUCCAGUGGGUGGCGGUAAGCGGCCUGUAAGCUAGUUAACUUGCCAACCAAAGAAGAAGAAGAUACAGCCAUGGUUUUUGCCCUUUAAGACUUUUGGAUGUUGUCAUUGGUUGAAUCGCUACUGUUGCAGGAAAUAGGCAUUGCUGCUCCACAAGUUACGAUUUCCAACGGAAUACCCACAAAUAAUUUGAGCAUUUUCAACGAUGAUGCGAAGACCCCGAGCAACAACUGUCAAAGCUGUGGAGUACAGAGACAUGGACUCCGACCUGUCCUUUUCCCAGACAAUGAGUAGCGAUGAGGACAGUGAGGAAUGGAGGCCACCAGAGUCAAAGCCAAAAGCCCCCAGCAGAACUGCCAGAGCCCCUGCAGUUGGGGAGAAGAAAGCAGCUGCCAAGAGAACUGCUAAACCAAAGGAACCAAAAGCACCCAAACAACCUAAAGCUCCCAAAGUGCCUAAAGAUCUGAAGCCAAGGGCACCACGCAAACCUGUAGCAGAGCGAAAAACAAAAAAAGUUCUGAAGGAUUCUGGUGCACCUGGGAUAGCUGGAACAAAGAGGAAAAAAAUUGAUGAGGGCAAAAAGGAUGAUAAGGCUGGAGAAGACAAAGGAGAUGAACAAACAGACUGUCUAGAGGGAGAGAGGGCUGAAGAGAGUGGGCCAAGUAUCAGAAUGAAGGAGGAGAGGGUGUCAUUUAUUGUGUCAGAAGCCCAUCAGGCAGACAGAUGGACAGGCGAGGGGUCAUCACUAGCUGGGUUUAGAACAAAGAAAGAGGAAGUGGAGGAGGAGGAUUUCACAUUUGAUGAGCCCUGUCAAAAGAAACAGAAGACCAGUGCUGCCUCAUUGGGACAACCAGCUGCUUUACCAUCAUCAGAAGCACAAUCUCUGAGGAAUGAACUCAGUAUGAACUGGGACUUGAUAGAGCUGCUGUCCACCUUGACAUGUGUGGAGCGAUGGGUAUGUGUAAAUGUCAUUACACUGCUUCGUGAAGAGAACACGGUGCCGUUCAUGGUGCGCUACCGCAAAGACAUGAUUAAUCACAUGGAUGCCGAUGCCAUUCGAGACGUCCAGCUGGUAUACGAGGAGUUAUGCUCUUUAGCCAAGAAGACUCAGUCUGUGAUUCAAACCCUGAAGAAGAAUGGGGUUUUGACAACUGAGCUGGAACAAAACCUGAGGAGCUGCCGAUCAGCUGAUGAACUUGAUCAUGUGUAUUCUCCCUAUAAGAAAGGAAGUAAGCUGACGAAGGCUCGCAGGGCCAAAGCACUCGGCCUUGAGGUGACCGCCUCUGCAUUGAUGGACUCACCUCACACUCUGGAUUUAAGGGCAUGGGUAAAACCUGGUACUGAAGGUCUGUCAUCAGUGGAAGAAGUGGCUACAGGUGUGGAGCAUAUCUUGGCUGAUAUGAUAGCCAAAGACCCUGAGACACUCACCUAUGUGAAAACAUUGUGUGAAAACAGCUUUGUGACCAUCCAGUCCUCCGUGUCCAAGUUGGCACUAAAGGAAAAAGAGCAGGAGAAUUCUGUCCAAGGCCACAAAAAACCAGGGGCCCAGCAAAACAAAAACAAGGAUAUUGACAAGUUCCACCUCUACUUUGACUUCACCCACAACAUCCAGCGCAUCCAGCCCCAUCAGACCCUGGCUAUUAACCGAGGGGAGAGUCUGAAGAUUUUGACAGUGAAAGUGAACAUUCCUGACAGGGUGAAGAAUGACUUCACUAGGUGGUGCAUCAACAACAGGUGGAGGCCAAGAACAUUUGCAAGAGAAGAGCUUUAUGCAAUCAUCAGGAAUGCAGUAGAGGACUCUUAUAAAAGGCUUAUUCUGCCUUUCCUUACCAGGAGUUACAGGACUAAGCUGACAAGUACAGCAGAGAAGGAGUCAAUCGCCAUGUUUGUGCGGAACCUCCGGCAGCGCCUGUUGGUGUGUCCAGUCAGAGGCUGUGUCAUCAUGGGGGUGGACCCUGGCUUUAGACAUGGCUGUAAACUGGCAGUUCUCUCCCCCACUAGUCAGAUUCUACAUACUGAUGUUGUGUACUUGCAUAAGUCAGGCCAGCAAAAAGAAGCAGACAAACUGCGCCACCUUAUGAUCAGAUACAGCUGUACCAGGGUCGUCAUUGGCAAUGGGACAGCAUGUCGUGAGACUGAGUCCUUCUUCGCUGACCUCAUCUCUAGGCGCUUUUUUCACCCCCUGGACGUGUCCUACUGUAUAACCAGUGAGGCAGGAGCAUCCAUCUACAGUGUGAGUCCUGAGGCGGUCAAAGAGAUGCCAGACUUGGACCCCAACCUUAGGAGUGCAGUGUCCAUUGGAAGACGUGUCCAAGAUCCACUGGCUGAGCUUGUGAAGAUUGAUCCUAAACACAUAGGCAUUGGAACAUACCAGCAUGAUGUGUCAGCCGGAGCUCUGAAGGCAUCACUGGACGGUGUGGUGCAGGAAUGUGUGAGCUUUGUCGGGGUGGACAUCAACAUCUGCUCCGAGACACUGAUGAGGCAUGUAGCAGGCCUAAAUGCUCUCAGGGCGCGGAAUAUUGCAGAGUGGAGAGAGCAGAAUGGUCCCUUCACUAACAGGGAGCAACUCAAACUGGUCAAAGGCAUGGGGCCCAAGACCUACCAGCAGUGUACCGGCUUCAUUAGAAUCAACCCGCAAACCAGCGGUGCCAAAUCCACACCUCACUCUGUACCAGCAGUGCCAGAGAAACCAGCAGCUAAGAAGGGCAAAGGAAAGACUUGUGUCAACAUACCAACCUCAUUUAACCCCCUGGACCAGACCUGUAUCCACCCAGAGUCCUACCAUGUGGCACAGAGAUUUCUGUCCCUUGUGGGUGGGAGUGCAGACCAGAUCGGGAGUGCAGGCCUGCGACAGCGUGUGGAGAGCAAGGUCAGGACCAGCAGUGUCGAGGAACUGGCCAGGACAGUGGACACCACACCUGAUACCCUCAAACUCAUCAUAGAUGACCUCACGCAGCCCCCUGGGUUUGACAUACGACAAAAUUUUGGGAAGGCGGACUUUAAGCAGGGCAUUGUGUCGAUGAGUGAUCUGCGGGUGGGUGCGGUGCUGACGGGCCGGGUGGACAACACAACUCUGUUCGGGGCUUUUGUAGAUAUCGGUGUUGGCCGCUCGGGCCUCAUCCACAAGAGUAACAUCACCCUGGACAAACUUCCUGUCAGCCAGCGCCGCCGUAGCCUGGCUCUGGGACCUGGGGAACGGGUGGAGGUCCGGGUCCUGAACUUGGACCCUCAGAGGGGACGGAUCGGCCUGGACCUGAUCAGGGUCCUGCAAUAGUGUCACUUAGUUCCCAUAAUUAAUAAUGUAUACUGGGUUGGAUGUAUUACAGGAAAUUACACACAAAGCUAAUGAGAGGCAUGAUUGUCGAAGUGAUUGUGGAUGAGAACUGAUAUGGUUCUUAUAAGCAGAUAACCAGAGCUCAAGGCAUUGAUAACCAGCAGAUAACCAGAGCUCAAGGCAUUUCAACAAAUACACCUGUUAAGUGUAUUUAUAUGAAUGGCCCUUUACUUUGCGAUUGUAAUAACACACAUUCAACAAAUGUCUGCAUUAUUUGCGAGGGCUUCCCAUUUGCAAAAAAGGUCAAAUCAAAAGACUGCUUGAUUUUAAAAUAAUUCAACCCAGAACAGCUGUUACAAGUCCAGUGAAAUAAAAUCAAACCAAACUUCCUUACAGUUAUGUUAACAGCUGACUCUAUUUGCCCAUUUUUCAGGCUGUUCUUAUUCUCAGCUUGUAUAUAUGGUCCCUGUGUAUCAUCGGGAGUGGUACUUUACUUGGGAUUGAACACUAAACCUGAUUAAUUCAAGGCGAAAAUGUUUCUUUUUGUCUGUCAACUUCCUGGCUAGUUAUCUGCACACACUGCCGUCUACUGAUCAUUACAGGAGGCUCUGAUGGGAUGGUUUAUUUAUGAAACCCAUAAUUAUUUGCACUUCAGCAUUAGUGCUGAUAGCUUCAUACGUGAGCUGCUAUUGUUCAUUUUCUAUGAAUAAAAUAAUACUUAUUAUAUUAUUUAUAUACUUAUUCACAUUCAACUCUUUAAGAUAUGUUUUGUUUUGUACUGCUCUGAACAUGUUUGUCAAGACACACCUUUGCAUCUUUGUUAUUCAAAGCAGACUUCAAAGCAGACUGUGUUUGUGGACACUUGAACAAACCAACUGAAGGACUCAAUGUGUAAUCUUAAACAGGUUUUACAUUGUUAUAAGACUGUCUUCAUCUGCUGAUGAGGUUUUGACAUUAAACGUAUUUCCUGUGUA